UGUCAUAAAAUGGAUUGUAUUAUUAACUAUAACGUAAAAGGGAUAUAGCAAUCUUUUACAAGCGAAAGUAGCGAUAACACCACAACCCGCUAGUAUCGAAAAACGAACGUGUCCAUAAAAGAUGGAUCAAAAUAAGUACAUAGAAGUACGAAUCUUCGAACCUGUUGCGGAAACUCCAACUUUCGACGCUGCUCACAAAUAUUCCAUAAAAACUCUGAGCACAAUUCGCGAAUGCGAUAGUUUAAAGUACGUUCAAAAUAAUAAUUCGUACAUGCAAAGGAACAUUCCAUAUUCCACGAACUUGAAGUCAAACAUCAGAAGCUUCCCAUCUUCCAAACAAAGGGUAGAUUCGUUUAGAAACGCGGACAGACCAUUCGAUAUCGACUUGCUCUUAAGAUAUUACGCGUGUAAUUCCGAUAUGGAGAAAUCGAUAAACAAAGUUUUUGGCAAAAUGAAUGAUCACGUUUGCAAAGACAUAGAUCAUGUUGGCCCGUUAAUCGAAUUGGGUGCUAUCUACAAAAUUUGCAACUCGUUGGAAGAAUCGUCUGCUAAAAAUUCUUCAUCAUCCACGUCUCGAUUUCGCGAUAUCAUAGUCAAGCUACAAUCUUUGAUACGCCGAUGUAGCAACGAAACGUUGGCGGAAAUUCUGUCGAACGAUCCGUCAAUGAAAAUCUGCGAACAUUGCGGGGUGAUAAGUUGCACUAAACCACCAAAUAUUUCUGUCGAAUCGCGAACAUCGCCGCCCAACACCUCCUACUUUUUAAGUACGCAAAUGUUUUCAGACGUAGCCAGCAGUGGCGACGAUGGCCCGACAACCUAUCGACAAAUAAGGAGAAUCAAUCCUAAGAAGGAAGAAAGGACGAAACGCGUUGAAAAAUACCGCAGUAUGCAAAAGAAUGAAAAUCGUUCGACUUGCAAAGAGCAAGUAGAUAAUGGAAAAAUUUAUGGCUCGAGGGAGGUAAGUCCAACUGUGAAAGGGGAAAAUAAUUUCCACAUAAAUGCUCCUCAACGCAUCGAAACUAUGGUAGCUGAACGCGAACACGAUAACACGAUUCAAGAAACACGUUCUGCUCGUAACGCGAUAAACGCUAGAAUAUUAGAAACAAGUAAAACGGAGUUACACGAUCGCGUUAAAAACUCGCAAAUAGAAAAGCCAUCGGCUAUCAAAAAGAUCGUUAAGGCAACGACUGAAAAUCAAUUACAAGCAGAAGCUAACUCUAACUUCGAGGAAAGAGAUAAAAUUAAAAACGAUAUCACUGCCGACUUUACAAAUAAUUCUUUGUACGGUAGAUAUUUCAAUCCCGUAGACUAUAAAGAAAAGUCCAUACCGAGAAAUAAGCUGGACGAUUGGCAAACGUCGGGCAAACAUCAGCUAAAUUUCAACGAGUGUAAUGAGAAGGUUUUAAGAGACAUUCUGUAUGAACCUCUGAAAUCCCGUAUUGAUGACUCGGUAUCGCGAAAUUAUACAUCUUUAAAUAGCAGACAAAGCACAGAGAGUAAACAGAACCAACCAAACAACGUCAUGAACGACAUAACUUCGUCUGCUAAUGAAGUGACGUACUUGGCACGAGACUGUCCCGAAUCAAUAGAGAGAAGGAAGAAAGAAUUGGUUUCGCAAUUAGACGAGAGAACGUACGUACAUUCUAGACAACCUAUCGAUAGGCGCAGUUUCGUUUUACACAAUGCACGGAAUUACGAUCCGUGUUUAAAUUCAGAAUUUUUAAUACUCGACAAAUUGAUGGCAUCGAAUAUGAUCGAGAGAAAUAGCGAGAGAAGCCGAAGAAUCGCCUGCACCGAUUCUCAAAAGCAUUUAAAACAUCCCAAACGCGUCGAUCCUAUUAGAAAUACGAAACAGUUUAGAAGUCUAACGUGUUUAAUAGAAGAUGAUUCGUUGGAAAAUUGUAUUACAGCAUCUCGUAUGUUGGUACAGGCUAAUGAAAGUAAUACUACAGUUGUUAGUUCCUCGUCUGCUGAGAACAUGAUACGUGAAUGGGUAAAAGUUCCCCAAAGUGCUAAUUGUAUUCAAGAUGAAACGUAUAAAAACUCGAAUACUUCGAAACCUUCUACGAUUGUGUUAAACGUAGAACCUCGUGCAUUCUGGGCCAAUGAAAAAUCAGUUUACUGUACAGAGACGUCUAUCGAUGGACAACAUAAUCCAGAAGAUUAUAGUGCGAAGAAAACGUACAAAUCAUCGUCGAAGAAUAAAACCAAACACCGUCAUCCGGAUAAACGGACUAUAUCAAAUAUAAUCAGUGGUAGUUUCAAGCUGUGGAAUAGUAGAGACUCGAUAAAAGAUAAAAUAAAUACAUCAAAACAUAUUGACGUACAGGGAAGCGAGAAACGCUUUACGAAGCACUUAUUCGAUUCCAUUAAAAGUCUCAAGUCCAUAAAAUCCAUGAAAUCCAAAGAGUUAUGUGGAAGUAGCAAAUCUUCAGGUUCUUUUGGAAAUAGUUUAUUUCCUAAUAUACCUCCGAGUAUUACCCGGCGAAUCAUUUACAACGAAUCAUCGUUAAGAAAUCUGAUACACGACGAUAAAAGGUACACAAACAAUAUGAAGGACAUAUUGUUGCUUUAUCGGAAAAUUCUCGAAAGUACAGAAGAGAUGGAUUGGCAAAGCUUUCAACGAUUUGUCGAAGACUUACAUCCUAACAAAAGAAAUGUUUGGCGCGAUAUUUGCAAAAUCAUUAACAGUAAAGUGAAAAGAAUAACCGACGAAGACGACGGCAGCGCGGAAAUAUGUAUAGAGAUCACCUCCACUCCCUUCGAAGAGGCGAAGCACGAAAGAAGAAAGUGCAGCAACGAGAUCGUGUUCGAGAUGGACAUAACACUCGCAGACGUCGAGAGGUGUCUCAGUAGGAGGCAGCUACUAUCCACGGAGAAAGAGCAGCUUGACACCCUUAAGAGAGCCAGUGAAGUUAUUAAAUCUCUGGAGAAGGUGUUAGUUCAGAAUCUUCACAAUGAUUUAACACCCUCUUUGAGCCUGAUACUGGGCACUGUGCCACGAUGGCGUUUGAUCCAAACCGCCCUUCCCUACAUUCUCCAUGCCACGGCCAAUCUCUUGCACAAUAGGAAGGAUUUUCAAACUCUCGGAGCCAUGGAAACAACUCUUCUUUACAUUCUGCAUUGGAUACUUCUCGACGCUGCCGAAGAAUGUGCCGAGACAGACGCCGACCCAGGAAAUCCCUUUUACUAUUUAUUUUCUAUACCUACCAUGAGCCUGUUCGUCUAUCUUUUCGCACCGCUGUGUAAUCAUCUGAAAGAUAUCGACUUUAAAGCAAAUUUACGUUUGGAAAAUGGUUUGAAAAUAUGGUCGGCUAUGUACGAAUGUCGUCACCCAGAUACACCUUGCUUCACUACCCACUGUCGAAUUAAACCACAGGCUCUAUGGAGUCGUUCUUUCAAGUAUUACAAGCAACAUCAAAUGUCAGAUGAUGUGUUUGUCGGAGGAAAUGUGGAAAGUCCACCGAGUCAAUCUGUUAGUGCGUUUUCUGAUCAAAGUGCAGACAAGGCUUCAACGAAACAGUCGAACGAUGAUAACAUUUGGGUAUCGUCGCCAAAGGACACUGUCUUUCCAGAAACAAUCCCCGAGGAGAGCUCCGGUGCCGAGGAUGAACACGUAGUGAUCUUCAGAUUACCGUCCCUCAGCGAAUCGGAGAAAGCGCUAGACGGGGGAGAAGCCAGUAUUUUUCAUGUAGCUAUGGGCAGGGCAACUGGUUUCUCAAAGUUAACGAUAGAACAGGUUACGGCAAUUUCGGCAUUGGAUACUUGCAGACAAUACCAGGAGAGAUCAACGAUCGCAGGAGAUACGGAGAAAGAAAAAGAGGAUCAGCCUCACAAAACAGAAAAAGAAGCGCAAGACACGUCGAAAAUGAAAGGUUCUGUGCAGCAACGAGGUCCUACCGAUUCAAGUGGCGUAGGGUUAACAAGCAGUUGUGCUGCCAUCGAUGGAGACGUUCGAGCCGCUACUUUCCUCGAUGUAGCUGUGCUUAGGUGCCUUUUUGUUCCUCAAUGGCAGGAAGAAGGUGUAUAUUGGGCUCUACAAUUUUUAUACUAUAGAUUACGUAUGAUGAACGAAGAAACAUCAGUACAACAGAUGCCGCGUCGCCGUAGUAAUUCUUUACCCAUACCUAAGAUAGAAGUGUCGAUUUAUCAAAGUCCGGAAAGCAAAAAGAAAGAUGUAUCGAAGGAUUUUAUGGAAGUGCCAGAAGUUCGAGACGUCACCUUGUUAACUGGUCACGAUGGCGAUACAAGUCAUACAAGACGAGCCAGCGAGAAAUCAAAGAAAAGAAUGAAAAUGGCUGACCUCAAAGCAUUUGUCGAGACAAAAUUGCUAUCGAAAUCUGAAAAAGCGCUUGAGAAAAUUGGUCAAGAUGAUUCGAAAAUGCUAUUCGAUCAGGACAGCCAUAGAAGCCUCGACACGGGGGAUGAUAAUUUAACAAGACCUACUUCGGCAGCGUCGAAAAUCUUUGAAGCGAAGGACAUUGAUCGUAUGAAACAUCCAACGAAUUUAAUAAAAGGAAAAAGCAUGCCAAGUUUAAGCUGCUUGAUUAACGAGCUGACCGCGGGAGGGUACGUCGGUGAUACUCGCAUCGAGAGGAAACAAAGUCGAUUUUACAGUCAAUCGUACACCGCACCGAACCCUAUCAUCACUGUCACAGAACACACGCCUACUCCAUCCCCGGAUUACAUGAAGCGACAGGGUUCAAUCGAUAGUCAAUUAGAUGCUAUCAGUAUGCACGGUAGCCGUUUAGAUUUUGAAAGGAAACCAAGUCUUACACGGUCGCAGACAGAUUCUAAUAUCACUUAUGCCAGCGACGAAAUACCGGAAGCACCUGGCUCCUGUUGUUACAUCACCAAAGAAGGCGAUAUCGAUCUGCAAGUUGUUUUAAAAGCCGUACACUCAGUCGCCUUGAGGGAUGGCAAUUGUUGCACCUUACGAGUGUGUGAAAAUAUAUUAAACUUAGUGGAGCUUUUAAUAGAUAUGGGAGUGAUGAAGCAGUGUCUUCGUGACGAGAUUACGGGUAGCAUAGCCGAAUCUGCAACGGCAGGCGAAAAAACGGAAAGCGGAAAAAAGAAAGAUUCUCCCGAGAACGAGCAAGAAUACCGACAAGAUCUUUCGGAGGAGUCCAAAUUUUCGUCUCACAAUCUUUUGAUGAAUUGUGUGAUCAGAGUACUGAAGCAUCUAGGCUGUCCACACGGCUGCUCGGACAGAAUACGCGGACCGCAGACGGAUUUCUGUCGAUCUCAGGGACAAACGAUUCUCAGCAAAUUGCAUCGAGCCAGUUCGAAGCAAUUUUCUCGGUUCCUGAGAACAAUGGUGCGGGAACAACCGAUAUCGGAGAUUUUGGAAUUCUUUCAUGCAUUCGUUGGAUUCUGCGUGGAUCCAAGUUCGUUAUUAUCUCCACUUAAUCAGAAACGAGGAUGCAGCAAAUCGCCAGAAAUCGGCUCGCAAGGAGGAUACGCGACGAAUUUUGGUGCUAAUUUUAUGGGAACUACCGGAGCUGGUGGUGGUACUGGUAAUUCGUCUGCGACAGCUGCCGCCGGUACCGUAGCUGCAACAACUACCGGAACUGCAGCAGGAUCGUAUGGGCUUAGUAGUCACGGUGCUCGUGGCAUAGAAGGCCACAUUUUCAAUUAUGUUUUCAAGGCUCUAGUCACGCGAUUCAUAAAAUCGCUCAAGGAGUUAAAGUCGCAAGAAAACGUAAGUUUGUACUGCGAUCUUCGGCAAUUUAUGUCAUACGUUAAAGAAGUCCAUGGAGGUGCUUUUCGCCGUGUCGCUCUAAGUGGUAUCUUAGACUCUGCCGAUCGACCUAACAAGCGAUGUAACAGCAACGUUCAAACUACCCGUGUUAUUAGGCAUAUACAUCAGUCUGAUUUGGAGGAGCACGCAGAUAUCGGCGGGGAUACUUGUUACACCGUGGACGAUAGAGGUACCAGGAAAUUUCUUUUCAAAAAACGGAGUACGUCUUCAACUUGUGCAUUUACAUUUAUGCAGAGUCUCCUUGAAACGGAACUGAGCGAAGAGAAUGCAAAGAUUAGUCAAAGUCCUCUGGGAAAUCUGAGGAAAAAGCAUCACAUACUUACCCCACGACAAAGUGAACGUAAUUUAGGAAUCGAAUCGUUAAGUUCUGGGAAAAUUCGAAAAUCUACUCGCUUUCAAAUCGGUGGCAUAGUCAAUUGGUUUCGAAGGGAAUAUGGUAGAACCGAUUCUACUGACAGUCACGAAAGUAGCGAAUCUCCAACAGACGGUAAUUUCGUUAGGCAAUCCAGUUUUCAUUACGGUCAUCAUCGUAGUGGAUCUAGGUCGGGACGUGGCGUUGGCCUGACUUUGCAAAAGGCAAAACGUCGGAUGGAAGAUCAGUUGAAUAAAAUUGGUUUCGGAAAGAGUAAGAAAAAGGAAAGUCUAGAGGAGGUACCAGGAAGCUAUUUCAGCAGAAGGAAUUCUAUGGAAUUUGGCGAAGCUUCUAGGGAAUCUGAAUUCGUAGUAUUGAAAGAGAGAAGGCUGGUACCCCGUAAUGCCGUCUACGAUGGAAUGCUAAGAUUCUCAUUCUUAUUGGAGACAUGCCAACCGGGUUCGGUUCCUGAUCACUAUCUUAUGGCGGCAAUCUUAGAUCUUCCUUACGCCCCGGUGGUCGCACGAGCUUCUUUGUUAUUGGAAUGUGCCCAUUUUGUUCAUCAAUGUAACAAAGGGCAAUGGCCAACCUGGAUGAAAGUAAACUCUCCUCUGUUUCGUCCAUCGGUUCCCAUUAAUAAUCGAAAUGCAUCUACAGUGCUGUCCAAAAUUCACAUAUUGCAACGUACUGCUGGAAAAUUAUUUUACCAAUGGGCAGAGGCUCUUGGAACAAGACUAGAAGAAUUACUGCUGGAAGACAAGCAAAACGCCGAUCAAAUGAUCGCAAUUGUAUCGGAUGAAAAUAAACAAAGAGAUUUAAUUAUCGAAGACGAGGAGGAAGACUUUCUCGACGAAGCUAGCAUAAAUGGCUACGGAUCUCAAUGUCCAAUGGCGUUACGCCUUACAGCCUGUGUUCUACUCCUGGAAGUGACAGCGUUUCUAAGAGAAACUUACCAAACUUUGCCAAAAUUUAAUAAACUUCUAACAAAAGAACGACCACCGCCUUGGGAAAGAAUGUACAGCAGAGAGGCAAAUCGACGAUGGAGCAUGGCACUUUCUUCGAUGGGUCAUUCCCAAACGUCGGCUCAAAGUCUUCAAUCGAUCGUAGGUGAUCGCGAGGUAGCUCCGGAACGCAAGAUCAGUUUCGUGCUUUACGAACCUGAUAAUGAGUCAGAAGGCAGUAGUAAAUCAACUGUUACUAUCCAAGGAGAGGAUUUUCAAGGUACUGAGAAAGACAAGGCCAAACGAGUGCAGCCACCUCAAAGUCGACCGUUUCUCCUUCGUCGUGGGACGGCGGAAAAUGCAACUGGUUCGUUUAAAAAGCGAAGUUUGAAACUCAGACGCGGUACCAAAGAAGGCAAAGAUACGGAAUGCGAGGCUUAUACGGUAAAACGGGCAGAUUCGAUACAGUCGAAGAGAAAAGUGAGUUCACUGUCAGAUAAAAGCGACACCUCCGAGCCUGGUUUCGGAGGUGAAGUCAGCGGAGAAGAAUCUCCGGGAAUUCCCGUCGACGAUCAACUACCGGAGAGUCCCAGCGACAGCAACGAAACGGACGAGACGAAUAAAAAUUUCCCGUGGAUGAAAGUCUUGAUACAGUUCACCAAUUCGUUCAACUUUUACUGCUCUCAUCAGAACUUUUGUCAUCCGUAUUGUCACCGGCGUCAAAUGCGGGCGUGUAGCAGGUUGAUGAAGUCCAUAAGGAAAAUUUAUGGAGAAGAAUUUGGGAUCCUCAAUGGUACAGGAAUGUUUGACUUUGAUACUGAUAAAAAGGAAGCGAGUAAAAAGGAGAAACGCAGCCGCAAGGUUUCGGAACAAGCGAGUACUCAGGUGUCGCCUGUGCGUAGAAAGGAUAGCGUAGGGAAAAAAUACAAGAUUGAGAAGAACAUGGAUGGAUCUCAGUCGGGUAGACUGGCUCAACGAGAUUCGUCAAAGGAUUUGGCUGACCAAGAUUCAGAGAAAGGAAAGGAAUCUUCGAAAAAGUCUGCAGAUCCUGAUAGAGAGAAUUCACCGAUUCUGAAAUAUUUAAGAACUCAAGUGAAGGACAUAUUUCAUGCACCGCUAGCUACUUUGGUGAAAGGUGCGGUGGUAAUGACCGAGGAAUUAUUCGUGGACGUUCUACCCGUUGCGUGGGAACUUUUGUUAGAAUCGAACCAAGAAGUUGCAGCUUCCGCCGCAUCGCUUUUCAUAGUCGGGGCUGUGCGAGCUCCUAACCAAGCCAGCGAAUUGAUGCAUCAUGGUCUUCAACAUAGUAGCACGAGCGUACGAAUAAACGCGAUACUAAGGUUUCAAGUGUUAUGGAAGCUACGAUAUCAAGUUUGGCCACGUAUGGAAGAAAACGCUCAUCUCACGUUCAAGGUCCCUCCACCUGGCAUAGAAUUCACGUUACCCUCGCCAAAAAUCGGUAUCGAGUCAUUGCCCGUCGUGGAUCCACCUUGGAUGCCACAAGUAAAAACAAAGGUGGAGGAAGUGACUAUUAACCAGGAGCAUCAUAGGUCCCUGGUGACGGCAACGAAAACUCGUAAGAAGCAACAAACUGAACUCAUAAAAAGGGCUUUGCAGGCACAAGACGACAAGAAACGCGAAGAAAGGGAAAACUUUUUGAUCACUACCAUACCGAUUACCGUGCAAGCAGCAUACGAGCCCAGCCCUGUUGGGGAUGAUCAUGACGAAGGAAAUGUUGGGGACGAAGAUGGUGGCGAAACUAUACAAAGAAACACGUCUCAUCAUGGCCAAUCUGCACCUUCGUUAUUCCCUUCUUCCUUAUGCUCCGCAAUCGUACAAAUAAUUCAUCUACUUGACGAUGCCGCCGUUUCAGACGAUGGAAGCGCUGUUUACGAAGUUGCAUAUCAAGUAAUCUGGAAUUGUUUGGUAGAAGAUAGUGCACUGUUCUUGCGUUACGUUCUGGAACGUCUAACCAGAGAGAAGCAGGAAUUGAUGUUUAAAAUCUUGCGACAUCUUAUUCGGUUUGUGCCGAAGCUCCCUCAACAGGCUGCUUUUGCUUUGUACAAUUACAUCAUCGGAUAUGUUAUGUUUUACGUACGUUCUCCGCACGAAGAAGGACAAAAAUUGAUUGGAACAGCACUUUCGAUUCUAUGGAUGGUUGUGCACAGCGUCCACGGGAUAAUGUUCAAAGAUUUGAAGCAAAUAUUACGGAAGGAACAAUGCGACGCUUCGAUUUUGUUAACCGCAAACGUCCCAUCUGCAAAAAGAAUCGUAGUUCACGGUCCUCAAGAUCCAGACGCAGGGGGAAUUCCCUCGCAGUUCCCGGUGCAGGAAGACACGCAAUUUUGCCAGAUACUGCAAGAAUCUUUAGACUUUUUCAGUAUCGAGGAAUCGAAACAACGAGAGUAUUUCCUCGUUGACUACAAAACACAUCAAAUUCGCAAUCCGUCAUCGUACGUUCGAGACUACUAUUUCUUUAAAGGUAGAUCGCAAUUUUCGGAAAUCGAAUUGGUUCACAUGAAACCGGAGGACGCAUUCAACGCUCUGCAACGUCAAGAACUUGUUCACAAGUUCGUCGAAAUUGGCAAAGUCUUGUUAACGUGGGCAAUCUUGAAAAACGUCGACAUGGUAGUCCAAAGAGUGGUCUUUCUUCACGAGGAACUAAUGAAGCUACCUUCUUUCCCAAGAAGAGCACUGGAGGCGGAUUUGGACUUGUACAAAGGCGGUGAGAUUGGCAGAGAGCUUCUUGGUCUGGACGUGAUGCACAAAUUUAUGUGGGUCAAGCUGAUUGCCAGGAUGUUCGAAGCGAUGGCAGGAAAUUUUGCCUAUUCAGGGGAUAUCCAUCUGUUUCUAAACGUUUUAAACGGUGCAUUGAUUCUGCACAGCGAAGAUUCCUGCAUUUUGCGUUACGUCAUAGCCACGUACAUUAACGCCGCGCAUAAUUUCAAGAAUAUCUUUUCAACGAAUGGCUAUUUGCUAAUUAUGCCAACGUUGUUGCAAUUGUAUUCGACUCAUCAGACGAAUAAAUUGGUAACAACUACCGUAGAGUACGCUGUUAAACAGUUUUAUCUCAUGAAUCGAAAGCCGUUUAUUCUUCAAAUGUUUGGGAGCGUCUCCACCAUAUUGGACACGGAUGAGACCAGCAUUCAUGGAGAAGCGCACAAGGUUCCCUCAGCGUGUCUGUUUAAUUUAUUAUUGAGUCUGGAAACUCCAUCGCCGGAUCCUUUGCACAUAGAUGAAUUGGUCAAAGAAGAGAAACCUCUAAAAGCUAUCGAUUUUUGUUAUCACGAUGAGAACGAAAUGGUUACCGUGUUAGAUUGUAUAUCUCUUUGCGUGAUGGUAAUAGCUUACGCUCCUGAUUCCGUGAGGGGCCAACAAAUGCUGACCAUAUUGGAGGCGAUACUGCCUUGUUACGUUCAACAGAUACAAUCUCCGACUUACAACAAAGAAGGAAAAACCGAGAAAGAAAUAAUACAUCAAUUGGCCAUAGCUGUGAAGACCUUGGUGAAUAAUUCCGAAGCACUCACAAAAUAUUAUAACGGACCGCAAAAGUCGAGCCCCGAGCACAAGGGUUCUAGUCAAAGAAAUUAUGGCAAGGGUCCGUAUUCGCCUGGUUUUGACUUCGAAGAUGAGAGUCAGUCUAUCAAGUAUAUAGAACAUUCUAGAGUGAGAAUCUUCUACGAUCGAGACAACGACGAUGCCGAAAAUUGUCAUAAAAAUGAGUUUCGAGGACCGCGCGAUAUGCUAUUGAACAUGGUAGGAGACUUUGUAGCUCGUUGCUCGGCUCGUUUGAUAGAAUUGAAUAAGAAAUCUCAGGAUGGCAAGACGAUCGAAUUGUUGGACUCCAAAUGCCAUAUACGAUUAGCGGACAUUGCGCAUAGCCUGUUAAAAAUAUCUCCGUACGAUGCGACCACGAUGGGUUGCCUCGGCUUAAGAAGAUACAUGAACGAUAUUUUACCUUCGACCGAUUGGUCCAGUGACGAUAUGAGGCCUGCACUGACGAAUAUCUUAAGAAGACUAGACAAAACGUUUAGUAAAAUACAUAAAAAAGCUUCCAUCAGGGGAAGCACCGAUUGGGCUGCGGCGAGCAAUAUUUUGAAAGGAGUUUACGAAACAUUGGCCAAAUGUCCUUACAUCGCCCAUUUCGCAUAUUUGAAGGCAUUACUAACCACUUGUCAGUCGUUAAUCAUUGGAGAUACCCCGUCGGAGUAUAUAUCAGCUUCCUCAGCCGCUUUUAUGAGUAAAAUACCUCCGCAACAUUUUUGCUCGACGGUGCUUCGACUGAUAGCACUCUACGUUAUAUCUCUUGGAGAAGGAUACCUACACGCUAUGUUUGCAACUCAGACUCGAAUCGAAAACGUGCUUCUUAAUUUAUUAAUACCGUUGUUUCUACGCGUGGGAACCGGAAGAAAAGGUAAUAUCACGGUAAAAGAUAUCGUCGAAAUUGCUAGAGACCGGGAAAGAUAUUAUUAUGUUUCAGAUGUACCAAAGCUGAGACAGUCGGAUAUAAAUUUUGCCUUAACCGCGGUAUUAAAUACCUUAUGGCCACCUACCACGAAGACUGUGCCAAUAACUUCACAAAAUAUAAAGACAACGACAGACAUGAGAACGGGUAGUUUAACGUUUGUAGCGAGAGACUCAAAGACUUUAACUAAAACGUCGUUAACGUUGUAUCAAAUUGCCUUUCUAGCCUUAAAAAUAAUGACGAUAUGCUUUGAAACGGAACUGAAAACCGAAUGGCCAAAAAUUUUACGCACAAUGCGUUUGUUGAACAAACGAAACGAGGCUUCCACUUAUCUCUGGAACUUUAUAGAAUUCGUAGUAACUCAUCGAACCGCUUUGUACAUUCAAAUGCUGCCGUUUAUCGUUCAUAAGAUCGGUCAAGCACCCAUUUCAGAGCACGAGAGAAACAUGCAGACCACCAUACGAGCAAAGAUUAACGGCGAUACUAAAACAGUACCAAAGUCACGCGGUACUCUACUGGCUGAUCUUAUACAUGAGCUGAAGAACCUGAAAGAAGAAAUAGAAGAUCGGAAAUUUGACGAAAUGCAACCAGAACCGAAGAAGAGUGUCGCGGACAUGCAUACCGCGACCGAAGGGCAAUCUCGCACGCAGAGACUAUCGUUAAUCGAUCUUUUAACCGGGGAUCUUGGAACCAGGGGUCACAUGAAUCAUCAGUCGAAUUCAAGCGGUACCAUUAAAACAACACAACCGAGUCAAGUAUCGGCGCCACCAAAUGGUAUACAAACUGCACGUGGAUCAAGUACAAGCGGAGGUUCCUCCACCCUCCGUGAAGCUUGCGAAGGCAUCGCCGAGCAGCAAGGGGAACAACUACCAACAGAUAAAUCCCAACCAUCUUCUACUAGCGAUGAACGUAACCAUGUAAAGCCUCAUCCUAUAUUAACUCAUCAAAAGGCGCCAAAACUGCGCUUUCUCUCCUCCGUAGAGUUUAGGCACUCAUCAGGGGAAACCGUGACGAGCCAACUCAGCCCAACCAGUCCAAACGAGGACAGUUCAGGCGAAUCCCGCCCAGACAAACCUCGAUUACAACGCUCUAUGGGUCAAAGCAAGAAGACUUUUCGAUUGCGAAAGAGUCGAAGAAGUCACGUAGAAACAGUGCAAGCGAAAUCAGAACAAAGUAAUAACGUAUCGCAACCAACGACCCAGCCAUCGAUACUAACACCACCGAUUCCAGUGAUGGAACCAUCGAGCUUCAGCAUCCCCUCCGAUUCGUCGUCGAUUCGUUCAAGAAGAAGUUCGUCUAUCCGACAAUCGGACUGCGAAAAGGGCAGUAAUUUGCUUAGCGAUCAGCAGCAAAUGCACGCUAACCUUCACCAUCACCUGUACCAUCACCAUCAUCAUCACCAUCACCUUCACCUUCAAACAUCAGAUGCAUCAUGGGACGAAGAUACAUCCAGUACGUCCGGUUAUCGUGAGUCGUACAGUAUGCAAUUGGUGUCACUAGAAAGCAGCAACAAUAACACUCGUCCAAUUCAAGCACCGCCUUUAGCAUCGCCAGAUUUGAACGACAUGCCCUCGACUAGUAGCACUACGACUCACAUUUUCGAGGGAAGCUCGCCAGAUUGCUCCAUCAACGGAAGCGGAGGAGAGAAAACUGCAUUGUUGACAGCUAGUCAAAGAACAACCUCUCAACAUUCCUUAUUGAUGGUUUUCCCGAAUCAAGACGAAGAUACGUUGAUCUAAGGCAAUUAACGAAUAUAGUCGAUGUAUACCAUGACGAGACUGAUUAAAGCGUCAAUAACCUCUAAUUGCUAACGGGAAAUCUCACAGUACAUAUCCAUGUGCUAGUAUUAUUUGCCACAUUUGAAUCGUUCUUUCUAUUUCGAUUUAAUAUACGAUACCUUUCUUUUCCAAUAUGUUUAGGUGUUAAUAGGAAGAGAGUACUAUUUUCCGUAUAAGAAUAAGCGCGAAUGGCACGUACCGUCGAUUACCGUCAAAAAAAUUGCGUUAGCAAUUAAAGGUUUAGUCGAACACGACAAUGUAGAGAAUUUUCGUAACGUAGAACGACUGAGAAUUAAGAAACUGUAAUACGGUGUUCUUAAUAUGUAAUACGGUGACUUAAUAUGUAAUACGGUGUUCAGAGUUUUCAAUAAUGUUCUCCGUUGACCGGAAAGACCAAUUAAAAAUACAUAUGUUGAGAGCCUAGCCUCGUGGUCACUGAAUAUGUACUUUGUAAUACUUCGACGAGCGUAGCGAAAUUACGACCACGUGGAUGAUUAGGCCUAAAUAUUUGUAUGCCACGACUCUGUAAAAAACGAACAUUUGAAAUAAAAAUACUUUAAGAGAAUCGCAAUGAAUUUUCUCUCCGUUCUUAUUACAAUCCUGAAUUUUAUUCACCUUGAUC